GUGCUUCUCAUGUCCCCCUAACUGUAUGCCAAUACGGAAUGGAAGUUUAUCGCUUACCUUGAACCACGCAAUGCAACUUGCAAUACUCUAUACCUUUCAACUCUUUCGAUCGACGAGAAAGAUGGCAGUACAACUCUCUCCCGUUGUUCUACAUUUGGGGUUUGGCUAUGCGAUUGACUUAGCUCUUCGAUUCAACAACUUGAACCGCAAUAGAAAGCUAGAUUAAUUGUUGGGUUGUGCUAACAUUCGAAAAGAAGCGAGAAUUAUCAUGGUAUAGUAAGUCUGUCUACUGCCACUUUCUGAUUACUGCACAUCUCUUUCAAUUUGGCCCCUCGAUUACCAUGGAAAUAUUCAUCAUUAGAAUUCGUCAAGUCUACAACUAUGUACUGUACUGCUUUUCCUCCCGAGCACACCAGAUGCACACAAAAUCCGGAAUUCCCAAAGCCCAUGCACGCAAUAUGCAAUGCCAACCCAAUUUCGUAACACCAAGAAGACCCAAAGCCUGGCUUGCCAAUCUGCCCGACAAUCUAACCUUGCUGUCUUCUUCUCUUUCCGACCUGGGCAGAGAAACCAGUCUUGAUAGCAGUGACAGAUCGUCGAGAUCCGCAUGAGUUGCAAGUGAUGAAAUACAAUCUGUUCUCUCCCUUGUUGAGUUCAGUAUCUGGAGAUCGGCAGGUCUUACAGGUGACGUAUUCCACUGCGUAACGGUUAAAAUCUGUUCAAAAUACGGCAGAUAAUAGAAAUUGGACUUACUGAUAUAUCGUCUCAGAACGUUCUCAAUUUGCUUCUGUUGGAAACGACCCUUGAUGACCAAACGUCUGCUACCAUCCACGGAACCACUCGUACCCAAUUCUGCGAAUAGGUAUGACGUAACGUGCUCAUCGGUUCUCUUCAUACGUUUGCAAAUCUCGGCGAUGUUGGCGAAGAUCGUCUUCUUGUUUCCUUCACGUAGACAUUGUGGCGGUGGGAUCUUGUAACUUCUGGAGCCGCUUGAUGCGUGGUCUGGGUUCUUUUGCGCAAGAAGAGUGAAGAAUCGGGAAAGGAGGAGCUCGUAGCCAAUGGCCUUUGUCUCAUCGUGUUGCCAGAUUCCAGUUCCUUUUUCCAUAUCACCUUCAUCGACAGGUUCUGCCUCAGCUGGAGUAGCUUCUUCUCCUUCUGCAGUCUCGCCGUCCUUGAGUUCGAGAGCUGCGACUCGGUCUGCGAAAUCCUUUUCGGCGCCUUCCUUGGUCUUUGGCUUCUUCUUCUUUUUCUUCAUGGUGAGGUCCAGUCCACCGUCGUCAGCAGCUUCUCCAUCGCCACCCUCAGCAUCCUCGGUCUUGACCUUCUUCUUCUUCUUCUUGCUCUUCAGCAUGGUGGCGAGCUCAUCCUCUUCCUUGUCUGCGGUCUCAUCGUGGCCUUUGGGAGAGUUAGUAACUGAUGCCCACAUCUGCGGAAGUUGCAGCGUACUUGGAGAUUGUGAGUGCGACAUGGCGGUGUCUUUUGUACCUUCUUGACCGUCUUCCUUCAGUGUGACCUCUCCUUUCUCGUCUACAACUGUGGUUCCGUCGCUGAACUGAACUGAUUUGCGAGGUUUGUGCUGGGACUCCUAAGGCUUGGUUAGGAAAGGUGGUGGUGUGGUGCGGUGCGGAAAGCUGAGGUGGGGUUGGAGUUAUAUUACCUCAGUCGCCAUGAUUGCGGUUAGGCUGGCGUAAAUUGUGGGACCGCUUUCCUGUUAGACUUGGAUGUGGCAACAGGGGAUUUUCUUAUUAAUUGUCCUUCGUAAUGCGAUGUGGUGGUUGUGGUGUGAUUGAGAAAGUCAAAAUCGCCGCACAAACGUUGAAAGAUAAUCCUCUUUGACCAGACCUUGAGUCACGGACCUUGAGUCACAGAUUCCAACGGUGCCCGCGCUACAAGACAAGGGUGAAAACCUAGGUCAGCUCAGGCUGCCGCUGAUGAUCACGUGUAUCAUCUCGGCCCCUCCCGCUGCGAUCCCGGGUCCGAUCCGAUGGGGGCUGAGUGGAGCUUGAACUUUCCAAGCUUCACCUGGUCCUGGGAUGAUGCGGAUGCCUCAACACGACCCCGAACCCAGCUUCGUCUCGCAUCUCCAGAUCCCCUCAAACUCCUCGAUGAAUCGGCGGUAUCAGCGGUAGCGCUCCCUGUGCUCUUCAGAAACACCCAAUACAUCAUAAAACAAACUGCACAACAUGUCUACCUCCGACUCUUAUAUCAUACAAGAUGCUCUUCCCGAAUCCUCCAAUGACCAGGACGAAAUCGAUACGCUACCUUCCUCUAUAGACAGCAGUGAUCUGGAUUCCGAUGACGGAUCCGAUGCGCAACGACAAUGGGAGGAGAAUCUACAGCAGAUAGAACUGGCUCUGACAAUGGUGGUUAUACCUUAUGCUGGGAAAUACUUUGGGAGGAAGUUCGCAUACUGGGGUAAGUGGCUGUCCAAGUAAACAACUUCGGGUAAUUGCGUGCUAAUCCUCUUAGCGUGGGCAAAAUGGGCGGAAUGGAAAUGGCCUGUUGAGGUCACCUAUACGAACAAAACGGCUUUCAAAGCUGCGGGUGCAGUCGAAGCUGCCGCUACGUUAUGAUGAGCAACAAUGGAUAAAAGGGUUUACGA